ACCCUGCCUCCCAAUCACAUCUCCUCCGUGCGCUGCCACCUCCUGCCCCGCCCUGCCUCACCGGGCGCCGCCGGCCACCACCGCCGCUGAGCCGCCGUUCGUCGCCAGCACCCGCGGAUCCGGCCGCCCCUCAACUUCCCAUUCGGCUGCACCUCCCAGAGCCGCCGCCCCUGCGAAGCUCCACCGCUGGAGGAUCUCGUCCGCCUGGAUCCACAUCCCCAUGGCCGGAACGGGACUUCCUCGAGCCCCCCCCGGAUGCAUGCUGUUGCUGGUGGAGUUGGAGCACGCCGGCGCUCCGGCCGCCCUCUUCCUCCCUGUUCCCUCCCAUCCCUCCUACUACAGCCAGGGCUGUAGCCGCCCUCUUCUCUCCCCGUACCCCUCUUCCUCCCUGUUCCUUCCCACCCCUUCUCCCGCAGGCUCCAGCUAUGGUGGUGGGGGUGAGCAGCUGCCGUCCGGUGGCCUGGGGAGUGAGGAGGGCGCCGUUCUAAAGCACGAGAGCUCGGCGCAUGGCGACAGUAUAGAUCGGCUACAGCGGCGGCGACGGCCCAACGGCGAAAGGGGAUGGCUGCAUGAUGAUCUUGUUCUGAUCAAUUCUGAAAUAGGAAUGGAGGACUACUAUGGGUCGCUGUUGAGGAUGCUGGGUUACCUGACAGUAGUUUACUUGCCAGAUUUUAAAUUGGAGCUUAGCAUGAACUGAAGAGAGGAUACUUCAACAUGUAUGUGCUGAAAGGCAAAUUAAUUUGGAAGUUUAUUGUAACUGGU